CGCGUCGCCCUCCGGUCCGCCCCCCUCGCCGGGGCAGCGGGUGCCAGGCGGGGUUGUGAUGCGGCCGUUGUUUUCGUAGGGUCGCGGGGCCGCGGUGCGGAGGUAGCCAGGCGGCCCAUGGAGCUGGGGUACGCCGGGCAGGCGGCGUAGCCCUGCUCGCCCCCGCUCCCUUCCGCCGCUUUGUUAGCGCCAACACAAGCGCGCCUCACCUACACGGUGGAGAGGAAGGCAGCGCUCCCCGCACAAUAAUGGGCAGCCGGGCGCUGCCCCCCGGGCCGCCGCAGAGCAGCGGAAAGAAUGUCGGCGCGGGCCGCGGGUGACGUCAGGAGGGAGCAGCGCGGCGCGGCCGCCAGGCAGCGGCAGCGGCGGCCCCGCCACGGCGAGGGAGGAGGCGGAGGAGGCGGGAGCGGCGCCGGCCCCGCCGCCACCGCAGCGGCAAUGGCGGCCGUCGGGGAGCGCAGGUCCCUGCCCAGCCCCGAGGCGAUGUUGGGGCAGCCCUGGAGCCACUGGGUCGACGCUGCUAAACUUCACGGGAACGACGGAACAGCAUUAGAAGAAAGUUUCAAGGAAUACGGGAGAAACCGAGAAGCAAUGCGACUUUGCCGAGAAGAUAUGCCAAUAUUUGGUCUUUGCCCGGCUCAUGAUGAUUUCUAUUUGGUGAUGUGUAACCACUGUAAUCAGGUCGUAAAACCACAGGCAUUUCAAUCACAUUAUGAAAGAAGACACAGCUCCUCCAGCAAGCCACCUUUGACUCCUCCCUCCUCUUCAGUAUUUUCCCUCAUUUCAUCUUUCCCUUCAAAAAACAAAGGUAGCAGUGGAAGUGGGAGCAGUCGUUCAUCCAGUGGAGGUACUAGUGCAUCAUCAUCAAAUUCCAAGUUGUUGAAAUCACCCAAAGACAAGCUGCAGAUCAGCGGAAACAACAGGUUAAUGCAUUCGGUACAGCACAGCAAAGUUCCCCAUGACAAAAUUAUGACUCCAUCUGUCAAAGUGGAAAAGAUUCAUCCAAAGAUAGAUGGUGCCCAACUGAAAGCUGCUGUUGGUCCAACUUGUUCUACUACUGUGAGUUCCUCAAUAAAGACUGGCCUUAAUUGUCCCUCAAUACCAAAGCCACCCUUGCCUUCCCCUGGACAGAUACUGAAUGGUAAAGGUCUUCUCUCUGUGCCUCCAUUUUUGGAAAAGAAACCUGAAGAAAAUACGAAUAAUAGGAAAUUUUUACAUAAAAGAUUGUCAGAGAGAGAAUUUGAUCCUGAUAUAUACUGUGGUGUCAUUGAUGUGGAAACCAGGAAACCUUGUACUAGGUCUUUAACAUGCAAGACACAUUCCUUAACCCAGCGGAGGGCUGUACAGGGUCGAAGAAAACGAUUUGAUGUGUUGUUAGCUGAGCACAAAAGCAAAACCAGGGAAAAGGAACUUCUUCGACAUUCGGAUCAUCAUCAGCAGAUGCCCCCUCUCAGGGAACCACAUCCCUCACCUACUAAAACUUCCCAGGAGCUGCACCAAAAUUCUCAUGGAGUUACUCUUACAGAAUCAAAGCCUUUAUUACCUAAUAAACCCAAACCUCACCCCCCCAGUCUUCCAAGGCCUCCAGGCUGUCCAGCCCAGCACAGUGGAAAUGCCCCCAGUGAGUCUCCUUCUGUCCACGAGUCCCCACACCCUCCCUUGCCUGCAGCUGAGCCAGCAUCUCGGUUAUCCAGUGAUGAGGGAGAAUGUGAUGAAAAAGAAGAGCCUGUUGAAAAACUGGAUUGUCAUUAUUCAGGUCAUCAUCCUCAACCAGCCGCUUUUUGCACAUUUGGUAGUCAGCAAAUUGGAAGAGGUUAUUACGUCUUUGACAAGCGGUGGAACCAUAUUCGAUGUGCACUUGACUUCAUGUUGGAGAAGCAUCUUAACUCACAGAUGUGGAAGAAAAUUCCUCCAGCAUCCAGUAACACAGCAUCAGUGCGUGCCCCGCAUCGGACAAACGCGAUGCCUGCCUCCCAGCACGGUGUCAGUGCAGCAGGGUUCCUCUUGCCCACCACGGUGAUGUCAUCGCCGGCGCUGGUCUCCCCCUCCUGCGUGUCUCUGAGCAGCAAAGCGGUGCCAUCCCACGGGACCACGCUGACCGCCAACCCCGCUGCCGCGCUGGGGGCCGUGGAUCCCGUCUGCAGUAUGCAAUCCAGACAAGUGUCUUCUUCCCCUUCAACACCUACAGUGCUUUCCUCUGUACCUUCACCUAUGGCCAGCAAACCUCAGAAAAUGAAAUCCAGCAAAUCUUUUAAACCUAAGGAAUCUCCUGCUGGCAGUGGCACCUGUAACAGCAGCGGCAGCGUCAGUAGCAGCGGCGGCUCAGGAAAGAAGCGUAAAAACAGUUCCGCACUGCUCGCACCUUCUCAUUCCACAGAGUCCUUCAGAAAAAACUGCGUGGUUAACUCUGGAAACUCUGGGACCUCCUAUCAUCCGUCAGUGACAGCUUCGUCCCACAGCGUUGGCCUCAACUGUAUGACUAGCAAAGCUAACUCUGUUAGCCUCAAACAUGACCAAUCAGGGAGGGGUCCUCCAACAGGGAGCCCUGCAGAAUCCAUAAAGAGAAUGAGUGUGAUGAUGAACAGCAGCGACUCCACGCUCUCCUUAGGGCCCUUUGUUCAUCAGUCUAGUGAGCUGACUGUAAAUUCACACAGCAGUUUUUCACAUUCACAUACUUCCCUUGACAAAUUAAUAGGAAAGAAAAGAAAGUGCUCACCUGGUUCAAGCAGCAUCAACAGCAGCAGCAGCAAAUCAAACAAAGUUGCCAAAUUGACAUCGGUGAACAAUGUUCAUGCAAAACACACUGGUGCAAUCCCAGGGACGCAAGGACUGAUGAACAACUCUCUGUUUCAUCAGCCGAAGGCCCGUCCCUGAUAGCUGAGAGCACCACGGUGAGAAACAAACUGGACAGUUUUCACUACAAGCAAAACCUCCAUCUGGAUUUCUGGACUCCAAGAUGCCUUGAGUUUUCCCAACUUCCCAUGGUCCUCAGGUGUGGAAAUCUACUGGACUGUCACUUAAACAAGGAAUUUCCCUGAAGCCAUGUCUGUAGCAGUGAAUAUACUAGAAAUGGACACUGGAUGAAGUUCAGCCACAUAAUUGCUCUUAUCAGUGUUAACAGUGGUCUGGACUGUUUGCUACAAAUCUGUGAGAUUUUCCUUACAGGAGUACAUCAUCUUGCCACUAUUUGACAUAGUUUGGCUGGGCAAACGAAUGUUUUCUGGGGGGAAAUAAACAUUACUGUGGACUUAUUUUUAUACUGAUGGUGUCUUUUGUAGGUGAUAGCUAACCAGACAGACACCCUCAAUGGGGAGGACCCCGUGACAAGGGGAAAAAUGUGUGAGGCACAAUGGAAAGAAGCCCUCAAGAAGGGAAUAUGGCUUUAGUGUUUUUAUAGCAAUGUUCCUUUAAUGGAAUAUAAAAAAUAGCACAAUUCAAAAAAUAGUCUGUUUUGCCCAGCCUUUUGCAGGUAAUUUGGGAUAAGAAGCUAUCAGGAGUUUAAAACAAAACAAACCCAACAAAACCAGAAAAACUUGUUUGAGGCCACUGCUCAGAAAACAAGUAUAAAAAUGCCGUAUUUAUGUGAUAUGAAACCUAUUUUCUAUUCUUUUGAAUGAGAUUUUAUUGUGGAAGAAACUUAAUUUUGUUCUUUAAAAAUUCCAAAAAUAUCAAACAGACAAAGGCAAAUAACCUCUAAAACUCUAUGCCCAAAGAACCUAUUUAUUGACCUAUACUGUAUACCACAGGCCUUUGUUUUUUUUAAAAGAAAAACUGUAUUGAUGAAAUUAGGCUGGAUUUGUCUUCCUCUUCCAGCACAUGAAGUUAGCCCUUUUAAAAAUGAGUUUUUAAGAUAUUUAACUAUUUUCUAAUAACCAUAAAAGUCAGUUUCUUUCUGCCUUGUUUGUGUAACAAAAUUGUUGAUGUGUGACAUCUUCUACCACUCAGUAAGAUUUUAUUUUUUUUCCUAGUCAAAAUUCUGGAAUAAAUGCCAAUUUGACAGCAGAGUUCACUGUGAAGCACUGGUUUGGGCAUCACAGUCAUCCCAGGCCCACCCAAGCUUUAUGAGCAUGGGGGGCUUUACAGUUUUGUAUAAUCCAGCCAAUUUUUAUGAAAUAUUUUGUCUUGCUUCAAAACACCUCAAAAAUUAAUUCCGCCAAAGGGCUCAUUGUGUUAUGGUUUGACUCAUCUGGAUGCUUUUGUUAAGUUUUUAAACAUCAGGUAAAGGCUCAAAACUGACUAUACUUUUAUUAAGGGGGCAAAGCAAAGGAAGAUGAAAUCCUAACAAAGAAGAUUUUUAUUUUCUGCCUUAAAGGGGCAUCAGCUAUUGCUGAGAAGAGACAAUCUGAGCCUGUCCAGCUGUUCACAUAGCCCAGCCUUCUCCCCAUUCUGGUGGCAAGUAGUAAGUACAUCAGGGAAUCCAAAGCCACUCUGAGUAGCAGUUGCUUAGUUGUUUACCUAACAAUGCUUUCAGUUUCUCCUGAACUUCCUAUGAAAUCAUUGUUAUACAGCAAAACAACAAGAAGCCUCUAUGCAGACACUUUAGCUUUGAAUUGAUACAAAAGAUCACACUGAGAAAGCAAUGUACUAGAGACUCUUAUUAUGCAAACUUUAAAAAAAAAAAAGUAGACAACUUUUCAGGAACAAAAGGAUUUGUAUUUAAUAGGAUACCCUGUUGAAAGGAUUGUUAGAACUGCAGUUGGUUUAAUGUAAAAGGAACCAAAGCAAAAUGCCACAAAAAGAAAUCCAAGUGUAUCAAAUCCUGCACGUUUGGAGAGAAAUCCAUGCUCUGAUGAAAGUCCCUGGGGCAGAGCUUCCACUUCAGGAUAGCAUCAGUCACAAGUGCAAUUUGACUCUUGGUAGAAACAAAGGUGUAAAGGAAACAAAAAUUUGGCAAGAUUGGACACUGGUGAGUUUGUGAUUGAACUGUCCUCUGGUUUUUAAGGUUCUGUUGAUCUGAAAGCAAAAUGGCAAAUUUGUGCUCCUUCAGUAGCAUGCAGAUGUACAAAGUGAAUUCCUGAUGGCUGCUCCUCCAGAGCCAUGGGUGCAGCCCCCUGCACCAUGUGGGCUUGAGCCACUGGAGCAGAGAGUCUGAGCAUAAAUUCUGCCUGCCCUAGACCUGCUCUAAGUAUUAUGUUUUAGAUCUUGGUUAUAAGCAGAACAUUGUUCCUGAAGCUUUUAUUGUCACAUAGUUCUUACUGUAAAUAAUUAAGGAAGCUUAAAAUUAAUUUUCCUUGCAAAAUUGAAUUUGCAGUGGCUGGGUUGUUUCUAGACAGAUUUUGGUAUUAAUUUAAGAGAUACAGUUUUUAUAGUCUUUCCAACUUCUCGUUAUGACUCCUGCAGUUUUCUUAACCUAAAAAAUUGCUGCAAUGAUGAACAAAGAAUUAUACAAGAAAAAAAACAUACUUUUGUAUCUUUAUUUUGGAAUUUCUUGUUCUAUUAUAAAUAUUGAAGUAUCCCUAUUUCAGAAGACAUAUUUUGUUAAUUGAUUGUACAUAUUUAAAUAUGUAUUUUUGCACAGGUCUUUUUUUCUUAUAUCCAGUUUUGGUACAAUUGAGAUCAUCUAGUAUUUAUUUAUUAAUUAAUUAAAAAAAAAAAAAGCAAAUACCUUUUUAUAAUUUGAAGUGGUUCACUGCCAAGCCAAUAGUUAACAUGCCUACUUUGCAACGUAAGGGAUGCCUCCGUUUUGUGAAAGCCGUGUCCCUUUUCCCUGUCCUGGGAGCGGGCGGAUCCGCGCCGAGCCCGGAGCCCUCGUGGCUGGUGUGGCAUUGCUGAUCAGCUGCCUGGCUCCCAGCACAUCCAUUAGUUCAGUGACACUCUGCUUCUCCUUUCUAGUGUUGGUGUGCGUGUGUGUGCGUGCGCAUCCGUGUGGGUCUCAUGUGGUUUAAAACUAACGGAAAAACUGAAAGUGCCUGAUAAAACUAGUUUUAAGCUUGGACUGUUUAGACAGCUUCUCCUUAAAAGACUUGAAUGUUCAGUUGAAAUUUUGGAGCUUGCUUUUUCCACCUAUAUAUAAUGUAUAUGUGUGUGUGUGUGUGUAUACACACGCAUGCAUAUAUCUGUAUAUCUGAAAUUAAUGAGAUGGGUUGACAAAAGAAAGCAAAUUAUGCUGGUAGCUUUUGUAAAAUCUUUUAAUUUGAGUACCUUAUGUUGGAACAAUCCCAUUGAUAACUCAUAUUUAGUAUAAUGCCAAGAGUUUGAAAUAUGGUUUUAACCAGCAUUUUAUUUAACUGUCUCAUUUUGGGAAGGGGGGGAGCAAUAUACAUUAGUCAAAUAAUUUAGAAAAUGUUCCAAAUUUUUGGUAUUCCAAAACAAAGAAAAAACCCCAAGUAAGUACCUCUUAAAACCAUGAAAAAAAUAAAGAUGUGAUUUCCAGAUGACAUUUCUAAGGCAGUUGUCUUCCUGUAAGAGUUCUCUUGCCAAGGAAUCUCUCGUCUUUUACUCAUUCUGUCCUGGAGGAGGGAAUUGGGCUUAGAAAGAUUCUUAAAUGUUUCACUGUUCAGCAGAAAAUAAUCAUUUUUACCUUUUGUGCGAGAUAUUUUAUGUUUUAAAGAUAAUUUUGAAAUGAGCACUACAUAAUGUCAAUGUGAAUGUAGGCCUUGGAAGCAUCUUGCUCGGUGUUGAGCCUGGUUCUAAAAGCAAUCUCCUGUGUAAAAUGUGUGAAUAGUUUGAUAAUUUGUAUACAUAAUCAAGAGCAUCUGAUCAGCUGAACUCUGUGUUGGCUGCUGUAUAGUACAUGAACAAAUGUCAUGGGAUAGAAAAAUUACUUUGGAUAUUUAAAAGAAAAAUAAAUAUAUAGUCUAUUUGUUUUGUAACAAGUUUCUGUAAAUAAAAUAAUUUAUACUAUUUAUAAGAAAAAGUUGUGCUUUGCUUCAUGAAAAAGAUUAGUUUGUUGAACAAACAUGUUACUAAACAAGGCAAUAAAAUUAGGACUUUUCAAUAAAUGAGGUUGGUUGCAUGGAAUAUAUUAUAUGUUUCUGCUUCAUUAUAAAAUCCUUCGCUAUUAAAGGAAAACAUUAUCUGUAUCAGUGCCUAUGUGAACUAAUUUCAGAGAAUUGGAUGUGGUCAAAUUCUGUCAUUGUCCCUCAGCAUUGUGAGUCAGCCUGGUAGGUUUGGAGCUUUCCACCCUACAGGGGCUGGUACCUGGUUUGGAGCAGUGCCUGUGUCACCUCUGCAGCAUUUUCCUUCUGUGCAAAGGAUCUUCUCUUAAUUAAGGUUCACACUUUAUAUGAUUUUCUAAUCAGAAUAAUGAGCAGCAGCCUUUACUGCCCCAGGUGUGGUUUUGUUGAGUCGUCGUGUUUCCUGGAUUUUUUUUUUUCCUCCUGAAAAAUGUCUUCUGUGUUUUCACAGUUUGAAGAUCCAGUGUGUGGAUUCAGCAGGUUAAACACUCCUGCAGGGCUUUUCUCUGCACGUGACUCGGGACUCGUGUGUCGUGGGUGAUUUCAGAGCACUUUGUAAAACCGGUAAAACUCCUGUUAGUGGAACAGGACUUCACAGUGACAUCUGUGGCAAAGCUUCCUUUAUUCUGUCUCUAUUUUAUUUUGGUUUGGGUUUUUUUCCCCCUCUUAAAAAAAGUUUUUCUUAAUAUUUGGAAUAAAUGCUGCAAGAUACAAACGGGGUUCAGACAACAGGCAAGUUCUGCUUUGUCUUUUUAUAAUAAGCACCUCAAGUAGUUCUGUUUACUUUCUGCGUUACUCAGUAUUUUAAUUUCUUUUUUUGUCUUGCCUUCUUGCAAACCCUUUUCCUUCCUAGUAGCAAUUUUUGCCACCUGUGCCACCCUGCACGAGCUGCUGGUUCUGCAGAGCUGUACCGGUGACCACAGCCCGGAGUUCGGCGUUUGCACCGAGCAGAGCUCUGUGCUUGGCAUCGUGUUCAGGCAGGUUCGUGACUCUGCUUCAACACUGAGGGAAUAACUGCAUUUUACUGCAUUUAAUACAGCUUCAGUGUCCUCUGAAACUGGCAAGGUGAAGAAAGGAGAUGAAGGUGCGUUCACCCUGUGUAACCCUGAGCUCUGUGGAAUUGGAGCAUUCUCCCUCUCCCCUUCCUUUGCUGCAUUUGGUGCCGUGCAGUGCCAGGGAGCCCUGACCUGGCCAGAGCAGAGCUCCUCCUUGGGUUCUCUCUUCUGGUGGCUGUUCACUAAAGGAUUUAGUGAUGAAAAAUGGUUCUGACCAGGUGCUGAAGUGGAACCCAGUAAGCACAGAUGUCCCUGAAGCAGGUGGAAAAGUUUCCCUCCAUCAGCGAGUGCCUCAUAGGAAAACACUCCAGUUUAUAUUCGGGACAGAUACUUGAUGAUGUAGGAAACUGCCAUUGCAUGCAAUGAAAGGCCAGGGUCAGAGGUUCCCUGUGUGUAGGGUUUGUGUAUCUGUACAUCUCGUCAGUGCCCUUUGCACUCAGUAUCAGCUGGGAGCUGUGAAGCUGUCUGGCUCUCCCGGUGCAGCAGCGCUGGCUCAAGGCUGCAGCCGUGCCGGGCUGUGCGGCUCGGGAUGAGGGGUGGGGAGCUGGCCCGGUGCCCUCAGGCUCUCCCAGCGCCUUCUUCACACCGACUACAAACAACCCAAAGGAGGGCUUGCCCUGGCUUUUUAAAAUGCAAAUUCCUGUUGGUGCAUUAUUAUCACGUUCUGCUGCAACAAAUAAUCAAACACAUGUGGCUUGUAGGAUCCACCAUGGGACUUUUUAUUUUGACUGGAUGCUUUUUUCAGUGCGUUGGCUCAGAGCUGUGUUAGCCCCUGGACUCGUUCCUAACAAGCAGCAUGGGAGCUUUGUCAUGGAAAAGUGACAUAUGCUUGGGGUUUUUUCUGACCCAACAAACUUCAAAAACCUUUAAGGAACUUGUUCAAGCUAAUGUGGAUUGAAACUUUAUUGCCAAGGAGGGAAAACAGCCUGAGAAAUGAAGUAAAAAAGCUUUGUCUAAGCCCAUGAGAAAUAGCUGGUGUUGAUAUUUGUGCCCCAAUUGAUACAAAAGUUUUCUUCAGCAUCAGCAGGGACUGUGUUGCUGCUUGGGUUUGGUGGUCUCUGACAAUGCUGGAAGUUUUUAGUCCUCCACUUUGCAGUUUAGGUCCCUUCACCUGAGUACUUUCCUGUCCAUAACAGGUGACUUUUUCCUAAAGCCAGUGCCUUGUCCCUUGCCUGCAAGGCUGGACCUUGAGCUCUGGAGCCCAGUGUUCAGUGAGAGAAGCACCAAAGGUGUUGGCAGGUGAGCCAGAAACUGCACAGAAAUGACAUUUCACCUGUUUUGUAGCACAGCUUUACUGAUAAAUCCUAAACCCCCCAUGCCCUGCCCUUCCCACCUGCUCUCCCACCAUUAAUGCAGGGAAUGAACUGCAGAGAGAAGUUCAAGCUGUGGCUUGAAAUCUCUGUGUGGUUCUGGCUGCCUUGUAGAGAGGGUGAAGUCAGCCUUGCAAAGCGAAAUUGGAGAAUGGCAUUAGCUCAAGGAACUGCCCAAGCUUAAAUUACAAGAGAGAAUGUACAACUUUGGCAUGUGGACUAUAAAUCCAUGGAAAGGUGUCAAAAGCGACGAAGGCCUGUGUCUGGAGUGCUGCUGACAAUCAGAGUUAAAUAAAGGGAAAUGAUGAGAUCAGAUAAACAGAAUAUAAAACUAACAUCAUCAUGGGACAGUAAAAAUCAACUGGAAAUUACUUCAGGAAGUAGACAUUCUAAUGCUUCUGAUUUGACAUAGAGAUGGAAGAAGGUAUUUUAGAACAGACAAAAUUAUGCCCUUGAUCAGGUCAAGAUCUGACCACCCUGGACCCCUCAGCAUUCCUACUCUUUGGAAAACCUGUGUAUCAGAUUGCUUUUUUUUAUUCAGAACAAUGUGAGCAGCCACGCUGGCUAAACUGUAUGCCUCCAGCUGUGGGCUUCAGGAGGUGCUGCCUUUCACCUCUCCCAGAAUUUUAUCCCAUCACUAUCUGGCACGGCUGAGAGCCUGAACUGCUGCACAAAGCCUUAAAAGGUUCAGCUAAAAUUGCUGUGACUCUUUCCUGCCAGGCUGUGGCACAAAAAUCUUUGUCCAAAAGAUUUCUCUUCUUUAAAGGGGGCCUUUGCUAUAGUGGGAUUGUGUACUUCUGCUUGGAACAUUAUUUUUCACCCACCUGAGCAGAGAACACCAGAUUCUGAAGUGCUUGGUUCCCACAGGAUGAUGGCCAAGGUUAGGAUAAAAUAACUGAUAGCUCUGCAAGUAUCUUAGAGCACUAAAACUCUCUAGCAAUGCUUUUAUUUUCUACACAGAGUGGGGAUUUCCAUUUCUUUUUCUGCUGCUCUACACUAAGAGAGCAGCA